AUGAGUGACCACAAUGGCCAGCCAUCACUGGACAGUUUUUCAAACAGUGUUGUUAAUGACACAAUUAAUAACGACAUAGGUAUAAGGAGGAUACAUCUAAUACUUCAAUUGCUGAAAACCUAUUGUUAUUUUUCUGGUACUAAACAUCUCUUCAGCCUCAGACUGAUUGCAAUGUUCCUUCUACUUCAUUUCAUCAUCCUGAUAGAUGUCAAAGAUUUUGCACUGACCAAGGGCAGUACAAUCACUUCUCUGUGCCCAAAAGGAUACUUUCCCUGUGGAAAUCUUACCAAGUGCUUACCCCGUGCUUUUCACUGUGAUGGUGUGGACGACUGCGGGAACCAGGCUGAUGAGGAGAGCUGUGGAGACACUAGUGGAUGGGCGACCAUAUUUGGCACAGUCCAUGGAAAUGCUAAUUAUGUGGCAUUAACACAGGAGUGCUCUCUAAACCAGUAUCCACAACCCUGUGACUGCAAAGGAACUGAAUUGGAAUGUGUAAAUAUGGGCUUAAAGUCUGUGCCAGUGAUUUCCAGCAAUGCGACAUUACUGUCUCUUAAGGAAAACAAAAUCCACAGUCUUCCAGAUAAAGUUUUCAUCAAAUACACAGCACUUAAACAGAUAUUUCUUCAGCAUAAUUGUAUUACGCACAUAUCACGGAGAGCAUUUUUUGGAUUACAUAAUCUGCAAAUAUUGUAUCUCAGCCACAACUGUAUUACAACUCUCAGACCCGGAGUAUUCAAAGACUUACAUCAGCUAACUUGGCUAAUUCUAGAUGACAAUCCAAUAACCAGAAUUUCCCAGCGGUUGUUUACUGGACUAAAGUCCUUGUUUUUCCUGUCUAUGGUUAAUAACUACUUAGAGGCCCUUCCCAAACAGAUGUGUGCCCAAAUGCCUCAACUCAACUGGAUGGAUUUGGAAGGCAAUGGAAUAAAAUGUCUUACGAAUUCCACCUUUCUGUCAUGCAAUUCACUCACAGUGCUGUUUCUGCCUAGAAAUCAAAUUGAUUUUGUUCCAGAGAAGACAUUUUCUUCAUUAAAAAAUUUAGGAGAACUGGACCUGUCUAGCAAUAUGAUAAUGGAGCUACCAGCCCACCUUUUUCAAGACCUGAAGCUUCUACAGAAACUGAAUCUGUCGUCCAAUCCUCUUUUGUAUCUCCACAAGAACCAGUUUGAAAGUCUUAAACAGCUUCAGUCUCUAGACCUGGAAAGGAUAGAGAUUCCAAAUAUAAAUACGCGGAUGUUUCAACCCAUGACGAAUCUUUCUCACAUUUAUUUCAAAAACUUUCGAUACUGCUCCUAUGCUCCCCAUGUCCGCAUAUGUAUGCCCUUGACUGACGGCAUUUCUUCAUUUGAGGACCUCUUGGCUAACAAUAUCCUCAGAAUAUUUGUCUGGGUUAUAGCUUUCAUAACCUGCUUUGGAAAUCUUUUUGUCAUUGGCAUGAGAUCUUUCAUUAAAGCUGAAAAUACGACCCACGCUACGUCCAUCAAAAUCCUUUGUUGUGCAGAUUGCCUGAUGGGUGUUUAUUUGUUCUUCGUUGGCUUUUUUGAUAUAAAAUACCGUGGGCAGUAUCAGAAGUAUGCGUUACUGUGGAUGGAGAGUUUACAGUGCCGCCUCAUGGGGUUCCUGGCCAUGCUGUCCACCGAAGUCUCCGUCCUGCUGCUGACGUACUUGACUUUGGAGAAGUUUCUGGUCAUUGUCUUUCCCUUCAGUAAUAUUCGUCCUGGAAAAUGGCAGACCUCGGUCAUCCUCAUUUGCAUCUGGAUUAUGGGAUUUUUAAUAGCUGUGAUUCCGUUUUGGAAUGAGGAUUAUUUUGGAAACUUUUAUGGAAAAAAUGGCGUGUGUUUCCCACUUUAUUAUGACCAAACAGAAGAUAUCGGAAGCAAAGGUUAUUCUCUUGGAAUUUUCCUAGGUGUGAACUUGCUGGCUUUUCUCAUCAUUGUGUUUUCCUAUAUUAUUAUGUUCUGUUCCAUUAAAAAAACUGCCUUGCAGACUUCGGAAGUGAGGAAUCAUGUUGGAAGAGAGGUGGCUGUUGCAAAUCGUUUCUUUUUUAUAGUGUUCUCUGAUGCCAUCUGCUGGAUUCCUGUAUUUGUAAUUAAAAUUCUCUCCCUCUUCCGGGUGGAGAUACCAGGCACAAUCACCUCCUGGAUAGUCAUUUUCUUCCUUCCAGUAAACAGUGCCUUGAACCCCAUCCUCUACACUCUCACAACCAGCUUUUUCAAAGACAAGCUGAAACAGCUGCUGCACAAACACCGGAGGAAAUCCGUUUUCAAAACGAAGAAAGAAAGUCUCUCGACAUCCAUUGUGUGGACGGAUGACUCCUCCGCACUUAAACUUGGCGUUUUGAACAAGAUAACCCUCGGGGAUGGUAUAGUGAAGCCAAUUUCCUAG